CACACACCGCGCGCGAGGGGGGUGUCUCUCUCUUCCAGGAAGGGAUUAUUAACCAGCGCGCUGCCGACAUGUGAAGGAAAACACGCGCGGACAAAAGAAGUUUUCGGCACCGCCACAUGGACCGGACCAAAUAAAGAGAAUCGGCGGCGGGGGGGGGAAGAAAAUAGAACUUCUCCCACAGCUACGAGCCGAGCGGUCGGACUGCCGCUGCCGCCGGGAAAGGAGCCACGCAGCUCGGGGAAAGUGGACGGACGGAAGUUGACGGGAGAUAAUGUCCGAACCCUCCGCUGCGAACAAGGAGAGGAGCUCUUUCAGUCCUUCCGCGAACACGCUGCCAAACUCCACUUCCUCCCCCAUCCAUGCCCCCGCCGCCAGGCCAGCCAGCCGAAUGGAGGACAAGCCUGCCAGGCUGCCGGCGCACCUGCGCCUGCAGCCGGUCUUCUGGAGCCGGGAGGACGUGGCGCAGUGGCUGCGCUGGGCCGAGAAGGAGUUCGCCCUGCGGCCCAUCACCAGCGGGACCUUCCAGAUGAACGGCAAGGCCCUGCUGCUGCUGACCAAGGAGGACUUCCGCUACCGAUCCCCGCACUCCGGGGACGUCUUGUACGAACUGCUGCAGCACAUCCUGAAGCAGAGGAAGUCCCCGGUGUUUUACCCCUCCCCCUACUUUCCCGGGAACUCCUUCAAUUCGCUGCCUGAAGGCGUCGUCCAGCACCUGAAGCUUGAAGAAACGGUACGGCGGACACCACGAGGUACUGACCCCCUGCCUGAGCAUCCGCCCACCAUUGAACUGCGGCACCGCUCCCGCUCCCCCCACAACCCGACCCCCCGCCGGUUCCCUCCCGAGCAGGAUGACCCUCGCCCCGCCUCCGAGGACCACCUCCAAAGCCUCCCCCAGCUGCCUGACAGCAACCACCACCUGCCCGACGACAUGUACCCCCUGUCGGUGUCACCGGCUGCCCCCAACGGCCGCUGCGCAACGCCAAGAGGAGCCCCCUGCCCGGGCAGCCCUGGGGUCCAGGAGGCGGGCCCUCCUCGAGUCAUCCAGCUCAUGCCCAGCCCCAUCAUGAACCCUUUACUCCUGAGUCCCAACAGAGGCGGCGGCGGAGAUUUCAGACACAGCCGGGGCGGACCCCCGACCCCGGUGGGGAUGGAGAACGGCCGUGAGGGCAAAGUCCACGUUCACCCCCACCAGCUGCUGGUCCAGCAGCAUCUCCUGCAGCAGCAGCAGCAGCAGGAGGACUCGAUGUACAGGAACCACGUCAUCAUGCCCGUGUCUCCUCCUGAGGAGCAGCAGAUGCCCAUCGGGCGCAUAGCAGACUGCCGGCGGCUGUGGGACUACAUCUACCAGCUCCUGUCGGACAGCAGGUACGAGAACUACAUCCGCUGGGAGGAUCCGGAGAGCAAAGUCUUCCGCAUCAUGGAUCCCAACGGCCUGGCCAGGCUCUGGGGCAACCACAAAAACAGAACCAACAUGACGUACGAGAAAAUGUCGCGAGCACUGAGACACUACUACAAGCUGAACAUCAUCAGGAAAGAGCCGGGCCAACGGCUUCUGUUCAGGUUCAUGAAAACCCCGGAUGAGAUCAUGAACGGCCAGGCCGAGCGUCUGGACCACCUGGAGUCGGACACGUACGAGGAGAUCUACAUCAAGGAGGAAUGCUUGGGGUCGGCGGCGGGCGGGAAGGACCCCCAUGAACAUGUUUCUGAAAGCGAUGAUGGCAUCUACAACUGAUCCGUGGGGAAUUUGGACACUCGUGUUGGGGGAAGGGGGGGUCUUGGUCUAAACUUUGCCUUAAGAUGAUUUUUUUCCUGACCUGCUGUCAAAAAAAAAGAAAAAAAUGGAAUGAACAUGUUUUAUUGGAUGGACUCGGCGGAACGCAAAGACUCUGCUCCUCGUGGUUUUGUGUGUGGGGUUUUUUUUGGGGGGGGGCUUCAUUGCGUUAGUUUCUAAAUGGAAAAUUGUGUGUUGGAGUGUGCGUGAGAAAGCGUGACAGACUGUUUUCACCAUGAAAUAAACCUUUUGAUCAAACUGCAA